AUGAAAAAAAAUCCAAAUGAAGUUAUUGAAAAAUAUGACAUAGAAUUAAUAACAAAAAUUAUUUUAAAUUAUAAUUUUAAGAGUAUAGCUAUUCAGUUGCCUGAUUCUAUGCUAAAUGAUUCUAUUUAUAUUUGCAAUGCUAUUCAAAAUGAAUUGAAAGAUAAAAACAUAAUUAUUAAUUCUAAUAUUGAUAAUAAAGAAAAUUGUAUGAAUCUUCAAUGUGAACAUAAUAAAAGUGAAUUAAAAGAAGAAAAUACUUCAAAAAGUAAUAUUAACUUAUAUGUUUUAGGCGAUACUACAUUAAAUGAAUGUUGUGAGGAUUAUGUAAGUGCUGAUCAUGUUCAUGCAGAUUUCUUAAUUCAUUUUGGUAUUUCUUGUCAGUCAUUUAUAAUCCCUUAUAUUCCAUCAAUAUAUAUAUUUAACAAAAAUAAAUUAGAGAAGAAUUUUUUCCUCAAUAUUAAUAAAUAUUUGAUUGAAAACAAAAUUUUUGAACAGAAAAAAAUUUCUACUAUUUUAUGUGAUGUUUCUUAUGGUAAUUCUAUGAAUGAUAUCGCUGCUUCUUUUAUGCAUAAAAGUAUUUUUGAUUAUUGUAUUUCAUUUGACAAUAAAGUAAUAUUUAAUGUAGACAAUGAUAUUUUCACAAAUAACAGUUUUUAUGUAAAUAGUAACGAGAAAGGAGAAAAAGAGGAAGUUAAUUUAAGAGAAUAUAAUAAUGAUGAUGAAAAUGAUAACUUAAUAUUUACAAACGUAAUUAUAUGUAUUCAUAGAAUUGCUAAUAAUAUAAAUAAAAAAGUGUAUUAUGGAUUUUUUAAUAAAUACGUUGCAUUUGAUAUUGAAGAAAAAAUAAAUGAAAAAUAUUUUUUUCUAUGUGGAAGAUUAUUAUUUAAAAUUUUUUAUAAUGUAAAAACAAAACAUUUUAUUUACAAAAUAGUAAAUAAAGAAGAAAAUUUGUCUUCAGAAAACAUGAACCUAUUUAUAUUUCCAUAUAAAAAUGAUAAUUUUUUAAAUAGAACUUUGUUAGAAUACGGAAAUGAUUACGAUAUAUUUAUUUAUAAUGAAGAAAAAAUUUUUAUGAAGAAUAAUACAAUAGAUAAAAUUUUAUUAAAGAGAUACAAUUUAAUAGAAAAAUGUAAAAAUUCUGAUAUUUUUGGUAUAAUAUUAGGUAACGUAAAUUUGGAUAAGAAUAUUGAAUUAAGAAAAUUAAUUAAUUAUAUUUUAAGAAAAAACGGAAAGAAAUGCUUCAUAAUUGUUACUAAUAAAAUAAAUAGUGCAAAAUUAGAAAAUUUUCUUGAUAUUGAAAUAUAUAUAUUACUGACUUGUCCUGAAAAUAAUUUAUUAGAACUAAAAGAUUUUUCAAAAAAAAUAAUAAAUGCUUAUGAAUUUUUUAUUGCAUAUGAUUAUAUUGAUUGGGAAUGUAAAUAUGUAUUUGAAUUUUACGAUUUGUUAAAUAUUACAACAAUAAAAAAAGAAUUUGAAAAUAUGCAUAAGAAUAAAUAUUUUUUAUGGGAAUCUGCUAAUGAAUUAACGAGUUUACAAGAUGAAGAAAAAAAUGAAAAUCAGGAGAAAAAUAGUGAGGAAAAUUUAAUAUUAGAAAAAUAUGAUCAUUUAAUUGAUUAUAAUUCAUGUAUUCCUAUAGAAGAGCAAAAGAAAUUUAUAAUAAAAUUUCAUGACAAAUCUCAAAUGUGCGAAUAUUUUAUCAAUUCAUUAAAAGAAAAUGAAAAAAGAGAAUUUAAAGGAGUUGAUAUGAAUUAUAAUAUUAAUAGCAUUCCUGAAAUUGUUCAAGGAUUAAAGGGAAUAGCACAAAGAUAUAACUCAGAUAUGAAAUUUUUUAAUAAAAAUGCAUAA